CCUGCCCCUUUCUUUCGCCUGCCGAUGGAAGUUGAAGUGUAAAGUCCCACCAGGAAGUGUAAAACUAUGGUGGUUACAAGUCGGCAGUCCUCCACAUUCCUCUCUCUGUCCCCUCCAAAACGACGACGCAUUUGCGAUUUGGCCGGCGAACCUCAACCAUGAAGGAUUACGUUCGAGCAUUCUGUGUUCUGUUUGUGUGUGUGAAUUCCCUGCUUAUCACACCUGUAGUUGCAGCUGAUGAGGUGUGGUGCAGUGAAUGCUGUUUGUCCGACUGUCCGUCUUGUCAGUCUGUCUGCACUGACGGGUGUUCUCCCGGGUACUACAAGACGUGGGACACCCAGUGCACAAACCAGACCACAACUGCCGCCACCACCACCCCGACUACCACCCCUACCACAACCCCCACUACCACCCCCGCCCCUACAACAACCCCAACCACGACCCCCACCACGACCCCAACCACAACCAUCAAAGCCAAUGGCACCAGCGGCACAGACAAGGAGGCGGGAGGGGAUGCUAGUGCUGGAGACUCUUUGAGACGUCGACGACGUGAAGGAGUCGGGGCUACACUCGUAUACUCCCAAACCACGCCCACCACCACGUCCACCACCACGCCCCCUCCCAUAGCUAUGUCCGGAAAGAACGCUUCCGCAAACGGUUCCGUCACCCAAGCACCACUCCCUUCAGACACGCCCACUCAGGAGCCAGAUUUCUGCUGCAGACGUUGCGCGGAAGGCUGCCAUACCUGCAACUCCUCGUUUCCCGCGCAGUGCUUGAAGUGUCAUGGCGACUAUAGCCUAUCUGGCAACUCGUGCAGUCGUAAAGCAGACGAUGAUUCGCCGGUUGGUGGUGCUGUGGGCGGGGCGAUAGCCGCUUUGGCGGUGGUUGUGGUUGUCAUCGUCGUUAUCGUCGUCGUCAUGAGGCGCCGGAAGAAGGAACAUGGUUGUGGGGCCAACAUGACCAAUGGUGGAGGUGUGUCCUUUGAGAACAAGGCGACGGUAUUUUGACGCCCCUGUGGCCCAGCAAGACGUGCCUCAAGCCUACCAGGACCUCGAGUUCCACGACCCCAACAACGUCUACGCCAACAGCGGGCCCGCCCCCACCCCCCUCGUAGCGAGCGAGGGAAAUCUGUACGCCAACACCCCGCCCGCAGACGAGGUCUACAUGAACCACGGCGGAGGAGACAGCGCCAUGACGCCUCCGGACAACUGGGAGGAGUACACCAACGCCGCUACUGCUGCUGCUGCUUUUGCUGCUGCUGCUGACAACGAUGCUGGUACUGGCAACACUGCUGCUGCUGCUGCUGCUGCUACUGCUGCUGUUGAUGUAGCAGACGACAAUGAUGUGGGAGGGGAAGAAAUUUACAUGAAUGAAGAAAUGCAAGACAGUGGGGUUUAUCAGAACUUCAACAUGAUUAAGAAACAGUAGUUUUGUCUGUCGUGAUUUUCUCGUCAUUUCUCCAUUGUGGAGUCGGUGGAGUCUUCCUCUUUGUUUGCUGCAUUAGAUUCUUUGACAGUUCAAACCACUUCUUGUACUGGUACCGAAUUGCUUUAACUAGGAUUUCGGAUGUCUGUGAAGAAGCAGUUAUUAGCCUUAUUGCCUUUAAUUACACACACACGGCAAGAGUUCCAUUCACAAGUGGAGAAACUGUUUUCAAAUUUAAAAGAAAUUUCUCCUCCAUCUGUCUACACAGAUGUUGUCGCUCACUGAGCCUGGGUCGGCCCUGGCUGGUUAGGUUGAUACAGUUAGCCUCUUAAAUUAUCGAAAUUGUCUCAAUAGGGACGUAAAACAUUAUUAGCCCAAAUUACAGGUAACAGUAGCAUCAAACUGCACUAGAAGUAGGAUUCAUUUUAGCAUUUAAGGCAAGGGCAAACUAUGGUCCAUGGGCCAGAUCCAGCCAACAAGCAAAUUUCAGUCCGGCCUGCCAGAUGACUCAGUAACUGAUAAGCUAAUGAAUGUGGUCCAAGUUGAGUUGAAAGCUUGAUUAAUAAAAAAAACCCCAAAAAACCCAAUUUAUUUUCUUGGAAAAUUAAAAUGAAUAGUUUCCGGCCCGACUGGAAGUGAUAUAUCGAAUAUUCUACCACUUGAAAUGACUUUGACUGUACGCAAUAUUAUGUGCUAUAGUGUCAGUUUUGUGUCACUUUUAAAAGCUUGAGUAUUUUAUCUGAUUUCACCAGUUGUCUCCUGCUGUGAUUGGCCCCAAAUUUGGAAUGGCUAACUGUGGUCUAUGACUUGUACUGGCUUUCCCAUGCCAGCAGUAUAUGGAAACACACAUAGCCAUGUGUGUAGCUCUUGUACAUACUCCAAGGCUCAAGUAUUGGUGAAGAUGGUGUGUUGUGUGUUACAUAAAAGUGUGUAGUGUGUUAUCUCCAUGACACAGAACACAUUUGUUGAGUCAUCUCUGCUUGGGCCGCACAGUUCAUUAUACUUUUUUAAAAUUAAUAAAUUACGCUUCAUUGAUACCUGUGG